UUAACAAACAGUCUCAGUUCUCGAACUUCUGAAUGCAGCUGGUUGUGAUCAUCGGAAUCCGGAUGUGAUGAAAAUGUUUGAGCUCAAAGUUUCUCCACCAGCAGCAGCUCGAGCGCGCGGGAGUCUCGCGCACAAACUCAUUAUUCAGCGUCUGCUUGACAGGGAUUUUUGUACUAUUUUUGUGAGGAAUCUGAUAGUUUUUACAGAGUUUUGAUCCUAAACUGACUAUUAAGGAAACAUUUUCUAACGGGACUUCGUUUUGCCUGAAGAAAGGAUGCGAAUAAAGGCGUUUGGGAGUUAACAUGUUUGAAAGGUUUGAGGGCUGAUUGCGUGGGGGAUUGUUGUUUUUGGGUGUGUUUAGUAUCUAAACAUCUGGCUCAUGUCCUCGGAGACUAUUUUACCUCCGGAGGGGCCUGAAGGGCCAAAAAAGCAGCUACAAGAGGAGACAAACCCACUUCUGUCCAAAUCAACAGAUAAAUGCAACCGCUGCACUGAUGAAUCCUCAGAUGUUACAGAAACAUCCCAAACUCCGAUACCAGGAGAUUCCGAGAUUCCGAGAUUCACUUCAGACGGGCAGGAUCACAUGACCGAGAACUACACCCAUGAUGAUCUUGUUAGAACUCAACCUCAGCCUCUGCCCCAGCCAGCAACAUCCCUGCAACAUGGCAUCGACGGAGAGGCUGCCAGACAGCAGAACGGCCUGCACACGGUGCUAAGUAAUGGCCACGGCACGCCCCGCAGGGUCACACAGCCGCCCUCCGCCGGCCCCACAUCUGAGUCCAGGAAGCACCCGUCACCUGUCUCGCACCGCAUGCAGAGAAAGCUUCGCUCUAGUCUGUCGGUCAACAGUGACAGCAGCAGAAGGAGCAAAAGCAGCUCGACGGGUUCCCAUAAACCCGGCUCAACUCCAGAGGGAAAAACAGAAGGCCGAGCUGAAAAAAGCAGCUUGCGCAUUGUCAGGUGUGAUGGUAAGGAGAGGGCAGUAAUGAAGGAGAUCGCUGGUGCAUUAGUAAUGGUCACCAAGGUGUGA